AUGGAGACCAAGCGCAUCAUGGACGUAGCCAUCUUCACCGGCUUCACACUCCUCAUCCUCAUGGCUCUGCUCGGCGCCCUCCUCGCGAAGACGCCGUCGAAAGCGUGGUUUAUGCCCCGAUUCCAGAGCUGGUCUGUUGCGAACAUCACCGCGGCCGCCGCAGGGGCGAUUAUCGUGUUGUGCGUUGCUGCCUCCCCGGAUAGUGUCUUCCGCUUGAACAGCACUGGCAAUGCCACCGGUAUGGCGAUGUGGGUAACGCUGCUGUUCUCAUUUUACAAGUUCGGCUUGCACGACAUACUGCGAAUGUCCAGGGAGGCGGCAUGGAGGAUUCACUAUGUCUUCGGCAUCUUGACGAUUGUCAUCGCCAGCUUCCAUGGCGUGCUGGUCUUCCAUCGCCUCGGCCCUCACGCAGUCUUCCACCGGCUUUUGGCAGUGUUCGGACUCGUAGGGCUCAUCCUCAUGAUCCUGGGCGUAGUGCCGGCCUUUUUCGUGCGAUACGACCGCUGGAAGUGCCUCCACUUCUUCAGUUUCCUCGGGCUCAUGUUCACGAUCUAUCACACCGUCGUCGCUGCCUUCAUCCACAAGACGCCUGUCAGCAUCAUCACAGCCAUCCUUGACUCCGCGGUGGUCUUGGCCUAUCUGGGUCAGAAGAUCUACACGCACGUGUCUUCGAAGUAUGCCGUCGUGCAGAAGGCAGAAGUCGCUGUGGAGCCGGCGAGUACGCACCUCUUGCUGGACCUCGGCAUCACUGGAUUCACCUUCAAGCCAGGUGGACGAUGCACAAAAACAACACCAGCGGGCUGGGGAUGGUGUACCAAGCAACACGGGGAGUGGAUCACCGCGCGGGGCAGGGUGGAAACUGACCACACCGCCAGAUUUUACUAUGGGGCCCAGGCGCACGCAGGCACCGAAGGUAACGAAAGGGCGGAUGCGCUCGCCAACGCUGGGCGUACACAGGGGCGCAACGGCGGAAGUAACAUGGUUCCCCCGGACACUCCGCCCCAGGACCACACCCCCACCAUGUCAGCGGACACCAUGGUGCACGCCAUGAAGCAGGCUGCGGCGGAUCACUUUCCUUACAAAGAACGCACGGGCAGCGCAAGCGGAAGGUCGCGAAGAUUGGAAAACGCAAAGAAACAAAGCCAAGAGGGCAGCGCGCAAGGAUAG